AGGCUGAUCCCAUAAAUAUAUAUAGACAGAGAAAAUGAAUGAAUGAAUGAAUAAUAGUGAUAUAUUUUGGUGUAAUAUUAGUGGUAAUUAAGUCUGCGCGUCCCCCAUCUUUCUCUCUCGUCCGUCCUUUUCUCUCUCUUGAAUUUUCUCUCUCCUAAAAUUGAUUCUAUCUCUAUCCAUGGCAAUGAAACCAGAUCCAUCAACCUCCAUUCCUAAUCCCGACAUUAAUGCGAAGCCCCUUUCCAAUGGCAUUCCCAAUCCCAACCCCAAUCCUUUCAGAGGGCCCCACCAUCGCCGUGCUCAUUCCGAGCUCAGUUUCCGAAUAACCGACGACAUGGAUCUUUCCUCGGAUCCUUUCACCGGAUCCUCCACCGAAGAGAUCGGAUCCGAGGACGACCUCUUCACCACCUACAUUGACGUCGACAAGCUCGGCUCCGCUUCCGGAUCUGGUUCUCAUCCUUCCGACGACUUCCAACCCCAUCCCGCCACUACCUCCACCGGCCUUGCCCUCGCCGAUAGCAAUAACAACAAUCGUCCUCGCCAUCGGUAUAGUAACUCCGUUGAUGCCACUUCAUCUGCUAGCUUUGGUGAGAUCAUGGAUGCUAAGAAAGCUAUGCCUCCUGAUAAACUUGCUGAGCUUUGGACCAUUGACCCUAAGCGUGCUAAAAGGAUUUUGGCAAAUCGGCAGUCUGCUGCACGCUCUAAAGAGAGGAAAGCUCGAUACAUAUUGGAGUUGGAGCGGAAAGUACAGACUCUUCAAACUGAAGCAACCACUCUUUCUGCACAACUCACCCUGUAUCAGAGGGACACAACUGGUUUGACAUCUGAAAACACAGAACUCAAGCUUCGGUUACAAGCCAUGGAGCAACAAGCUCAGUUGCGAGAUGCACUCAAUGAAGCAUUAAAGCAGGAAGUGGAGAGGCUUAGAAUGGCCACAGGCGAAAUGAUGGGUCCUUCAGAAUCAUUUAACUUAGGGAUGCCUAGCAUGCAAUACAAUCCUUCUGCAUUUUACUCGCUACCUCAGCAACAUGUUUCCCAAGGCCAACAUAGUAUGCAAAUGCCAUCAUUUCAUCAAACUCAGGGAAAUAAUAAUAACAUGCACCAUAUGCAUUCAUCCAAUUCCCAAAAUCCUUCAGAAUUUAUGCCGAAUGAUCCCCUGGGAAGAUUACAAGGGCUUGACAUUGGCAGCAGAGGAACACCCGCUGUGAAAUCUGAAGGUGCCUCGAUGUCUGCCAGUGAAAGUAGCACAACAUUUUGACGUGCGCUCAAGUUGCUGACUAGCUGACUUCUUCAGAAAGUGUGUGUUUGGUAGAUUGUCUAUAAACUGACAUCAUUCAAUUAGAUAAGGUACUAUUGAUUUGUUCCAUUAUUUAUUCUAUUCGUAUCCUUUUCUCUGGGAUCACGUCUAUUUAAAUUGGUCUCAAGGAUGAUCCCCAAAGAGGGGGUCGUUGUAGGUUACUGAGUUGCUUCAUCUUCCUCCCGAUUUUUUAGUUCUGCUGUGAAAUGUUGUAGCAUGUGCGACUGAAAGGUCAUUCGGCAUGCCAGGAAAGGCUUCUGUAUUUUUUUUUUUUUCUUGUAACUUUUUUGUGUACUCAAAACCUGUAUUAUUCUUCUCAAUCCAACUUUUUUUAUUGUAGCUUUCUUA